ACCAAUCUGUCCUGCGUUCUUUUCGGCGCGGGCAAAGUUCGCUUCGAGCACCUGCCUAUUCCCUCACUUGAAGACCCUCAUGAUAUCUUGGUCCGUGUUGCAUAUAUUGGCGUAUGUGGCAGCGAUGUCCAUUUUUGGCGACAUGGUGGUAUCAGCCGCAAAGUCUCGGAAGACAUGCCCCUAGUCAUGGGCCAUGAGGCCUCUGGGGUCGUCGAAACCAUCGGAGCAGCCGUUUCAAGUGUCAAGCCAGGUGAUCGGGUUGCUAUUGAGCCCGGGUUUCCAUGUCGGCGAUGCAAGCAGUGCAAGAAAGGCCGAUACAAUAUCUGCCCUGAUAUGAGAUUCGCCGCUGAUCCCCCUCUUACGAACGGGACGUUAUGCCGACUAUUCAAAAUCCCCGAAGACUACGUCUACAAAAUACCUGACUCUAUGAGCUUGCAGGAAGCUGUGCUCAUUGAGCCUUUGAGCGUUGCCGUGCAUGGUGUUCGACUUGCUGAGCUGAGACCCGGCCAAAGUGUCCUGGUUCUAGGAUCUGGCACGGUCGGAUUGAUGGCUGCUGCGGCAGCGAAAGCAUUCGGUGCUCGCGUUGUUUUCGUUUCGGAUAUCAAUCAAGCCAAGCUCGACUUCGCGAAGUCGUUGGUGGAUUGCGCUACAUUCGUUCCGGAUAUCCAUUCUACCCCGGACAUAGCCGCAAUGAAAUUCCAGGAAGAAAUGGGUAUCAUGGAUGGCGUCGAUGUAGUUCUGGAAUGUACUGGGGUGGAAUCGUCGGCGGCAACGGGACUUCAUGCAUGCGGCCCUGGCGCCAUUUUCGUUCAGAUUGGGAUGGGUAAGCCGAUACAAAACAUUCCUAUCCUGGCAAUGAGUGAGAAAGAAGUUGUCUUAAAGACUUGUUUCCGGUAUGCUCCGGGUGAUUAUGAAAUUGCGCUGGAGCUGGUUGGCUCGGGUAAAAUCUCGGUUAAGGAGUUGAUCAGCAGUACGGUGCCAUUUGAAGAUGCUUCUGCGGCCUGGGAGAAGACAGCCAGAGGAGAGGGGAUCAAGAACCUGAUUCAAGGUGUCCAGGACUAG